AUGUCUAACGAGUCUAAUAUCGAGCACUUAGAGCAUGGACAUGACAGGAUGUACAUUAGUAAGCUUUCAAAAGUUACAUUUAACUUAUAUCAGCUCUUUAUAAUUUUUUGACAAGUAACGGAAUUUCAAAAAAAAUCAAUAAUUUUUGUGGCUUUUCGUCAAACUCGAUAAAAUGUGUGACAUUUCGUCCAUAUUGUUGUUGAAAAAAUUAAAAUUGCAAACUCUGCAUGUAAUAUUAACUCGAAUUUUCAGACUUCCCACCACUUUUACAAAAUCAAUAAUUUUUGUGACAUUCCGCCAAAAUCGAUAUAAUUUGUGACAUAUCGUCCUUUUAUCGAAAUUAAAGCCCUUUUUCAUUCAUUUAUGAGCUUUUGGGCUAAAAAUCACAUUUAUAAAAAAUCAAUAUUUUUUGUAGCAUUUCAUCAAAAUCGAUAAAAUUUGUGGCAUUUCGUCCCUUUUUUCAUAAGUAAUUAAGACCCUUUUUCACCUGUUUAUGAAGUUUCAUUUUUUGCUUUGUAAAGAAAGUUCUUGCCAUUUUUUGUUUUGUAAAGAAAGUUCUUGCCAUUUUUUGGUUUGUAAAGAAAGUUCUUGCCAUUGUUUGUUUUGUAAAUAAAGUUCUUGCCAUUUUUUGUUUUGUAAAAAAAGUCCUUGCCAUAAUUAUCUAAAAUUCUAUUUUUCUGCCAACCUUAAGAACAAAGACUAAAAUUUUUAAAAAAACAGUAUUUUUGUGACAUUUCGUUGCAAAAAAUCAAUAUAAUUUUUGACACUUCGUCUAUUUUAAAUACUUUUCAGAGCUCGCCAACCCGAACCAAAACGAUGAGAUUCUAAUGUUCAUAUCGUAUCUCUACUGCUCGUUGGUGUGCGUGUUGACCGUGUGUAUAUUGUGCAAGUUUCUGAAGAAUGACAUCAAAGCCCCGAACCAGGACGCGUUUGCCAUGCGAAACUACGAGCUGGACUUGGAAGAGAAUCAUGUGGCCAUAUUGGCCUACUUUUUGAAGAAAAACGCCGAAGUGACACGACUUUUGAAGUAA